AUGGUUUCGAGGCAACUACUUCGACCGGUUAUCACUGACGUGAUUUACAAGGACAUGCAUUUUAUCAUAAUGGACUCUCCAACGAAAGACACAGCAGAGAAUUUCGCGCAGGUAACACUUAUGAUGUUUCUAUAACUCUACAGGAGUGUGCUAAUUUGCAUGUUUCGGACUUGAUCAGAGUUUGCGAGGAUAAAUACCCCACGGUGGCCUUUGAAAAACGGGGAAUUUCCGUUCAUGUAGGUUUCACAAAUUGGUUUCGGCAUCCUUUUUAAAUUUGUAAUUAUUUGUUGUCAUUUUAAAAUGAAGCAGGUGCAUUUGCAAUGAUUUCACUAAGCAUAAAUAGUGUCGUCGGUGUGUUUCUUCUCGACGACACAGUCGAAAUUAAUUAAUCUAAUCUUGGUUCCGCCUUGAAUUAUUUUGAAAGAAUACCGCCCCAGAGCCUAAUAAGAGCAAUCGAGGUCUGCCCAUUCCAAAAUAAUUAUCGAACGCCUGUUUCUCCAUUUAAUGCCUUCGUGCUGUUUUGGAUGUUACCAUGCAUAAUUUACUAGUAAUGGUUACUUGAGCUCAAGUCACCAUCUCCACCCCUAGUAGCAAACUAUAUCGAAUAGAUAUCUAUUAGAUAUCUAUUUAUCGAGAUUCAUAUAUCGACUGGAUAUCUAUUUUGUCGCAGAAAUAGAUACCUAUUAGAUAUUGAUUAAUCGAGAUACUACGCUAUCGGCGAAAAGGGCGGGUAAUUUGCUACGCGUAAAUCGUUUGCUUAACCCAAUGCCCUUUUCUGCCCCCCAUCCAUUCCUUGUCGUAUGUUGAUUCCCCCCGAUUUACCCAGAGAUACAUUGGAAACGGUUAUAGUGGAAUAUGUUUAUUUAAAAAAUUAAAUUAACAUGUACAAAGGUUUGCUGAACCCCUUCUGUAUUCACACUGUUCACGCAGGCGGUGAAUCAGUCGAAGAUCCGGGGAUAUUGUCUACAAGUUAAAAUUAGUUACUGAUAAACGGCAGUCAAUUUACCACUGUCAUCUUGCGUCAUUUGUGACUUGUUCUUACGCUGGACACAACUGUCGAGCGACCUUUUCAGGCGCCUGGUAAGUGCCGACUCAAGGUGAGACAGCUUUACGCUGACAUCAGUAUUCCAUGCGCCGAAGACUUCUGCAUGUUGUACAGUUGUAAGUAACGGCAGACUUACCGAGUAUAACCACAUACAGUUUCGAACCGCUGAGGCUGUGUUUAGUGUUUCGUCCUUUGAAAUUAACAUAUAGGCUUAUUUCAUGUACAGGUACCUGCACAUGUCCUGUUAACUUAAGUAUUUUUCUCAACUUGUUGAACCAUCAGUGCCUGAUUGUGGGGCAGGCGCUUUGUGCAACGCGUCCUAGUAUAUGCCAGCUUUUAGUAACUGGUCGAUUAUGAGCACCCCAGAGAUCUUUAGUGUGAACUCAGUAUUCGUAUUCACCCAAAAUGGCCAGCCAACUGGACUCGAUGAGCAUCACCAUUGUCUAGUCAGAACUUUAACUUGCGCGCGAUGUCAGCUAUGGUUGGGGAGGUCUCCGUGUAUUGAUUUACAUCCGCACUGACACACCUACCGUGCCUGAAUUGGAAAACUAAGAGGACUGGGGACAACUUCGGAGACAAUGGCUGAUUAGUCAUUCAUCUCUGUUUAUUGCAUUUUGCAUGCGUACCGGUCCUUCUAAUGAUAAUAGCUACAUCGCGUCCAGACUGAGAGUGAAUAUAGGUACAAAUCAACACAUUUUUUCUCUCACUAGGACCGAGUUAUGCUGCCCGUUGGCACCCCUCCUAGCCGCGGCUCUUAACACCCAUGAUGUUUCGUCUGCGUGUUGAGUUUGUUAUAACGGUGGUAGGUGGUUAAGGGUUGACUUCAUUUUGAACAUUUUACCAGUAUCAUGAUUUAAUCAAGGCGACUCGAGGUGAGGUUGGGGGCAGUGACUGACUGACCAUUUCGCCCAGUCUCUUCCGUGUCGCACGUGGUGGUUUUUCGAGUUCUCGCGUAUGUCAUCCGAGCGUUUUUCUUACUCGAGCUUUGAAAUCAUAUACAAAUCCUGUCCUUAUUUGCAUUAUCUGUUCCUUUCAGUCGGCCAACUUGCGUUUGCGUAUAGUCUUUCUACCCAGCAGACUGUUAGACCUUAACAUGAUCUUACGUGAUUUUGCGGGUGUUCUCUAGGUCUCUUACUUAUCCUUUUCUGCUCUUCUUCCAUUUGGCGAAACGGGUUGUUGUAAAUCGCAUUUGUACUACACUGGUGACGUAGCCUAUGUCCCGUAACGCAUGCUGUUGACAACGUUUUACGUGUACAGUGUUCGUUCUUUGCGGGGGAUGAACUAACACAUUGAUCUGCUGAUACGCAAAGGUUUUGCUCUGUUCCAAGUCUUAGUGACAGAUGUAGGGUUUUUGGUACUUGUUUCUCGGACUUAGCCGAAUACCUUGAGUUUGGACGAACACAUUCCAUGGGUUUUACAGAUAUUUUAUGAAAAGCCAAAGCGAUCUCUUUAUUAGAACACACCAAAGCCAUAAUAUUCGUACAACCUUGCGGUCAUAGUACUUUCCGUCAUCUCCAAACUAAGAGGAAAACGUUUAAUCCUUAGGCCACAAGUGUAGAUUGUUUGAUUUCAUAGCCGCCACUUGCAUUCCGUACUAGAUUUUGCCGUUCCACAUAAGUAAUCUCUGAAAAAUUCCGACAGACACAUUCUACGAAGUGUUUUGCUAACUCCCCAUACGUGCGGUUUUAUCCCAGGAAGAAAUCGCCAGGGCUGCACUGAACUUACUCAGAAACCAGACUGCGGAAAAGGGCGUUGUCUGUGAUGAGGCACCUUGGUAUCCUCAUUACAUAUGGUGGCUGAUCAAUCGUAGAGAAACUGGGUUAUACCUAGUGAUUUCGGCCGGGUUACCUUUGUAUAUUUGAAGUAUACAGACCACGACAACUACUGUAAUACAAGUCUAAGUGGUAUUUCCAUCAGCGUUUUCCGACGUUUUUACGGUGUCCGUGCUGCAGGAACCAGACCCACUCAAGCUGAGGCCAGGACUAAAAGCGGAUCUAUUGACCAGCUGUCCUGCUCAUAGCACAUUCUUAAUAUUCCACAGGUUGUCGGCGGCCCGUAUUUGCCCGCUUUGGCAUCACUACAGCUUUCGGUCCCGUUCAUCGUGAGCCUAUAUACCGGAGAAUUGUACGGUUUGCUAACAUAAGCCAUCGCUGUAAUCAAGGCCUACUAUUUCUUCAUCAUUAUCCAGAACCGCAUACUGGUCGAUAUUUGGUCAACCGUUCGUCUGGAUACCUCUUGUCGACCUCCAUAACUAGCCACAUCAUUAGUUUUUGAGGUCGCUCUGUCCCAUGUUGCGGAUGUUAACUUGGCACUAGAAUACCGACUGACUGCGUUGACCAUGAUGUUGAUGUUGCCCUUCCUCUCGUAUACUUUUAUUGGCUUAGGUGAUUUAACUGACAAGACCACCCUGUGGCUCACUUAAUAGAGCACUGGACUUUAUAAUGUUCGAUGACUCUAGAAUUCGGGAUCGAGGCUCAAGUGUUGAAAUCUGAGUUCGGGCAGUGCUGACUAUCGACAGCUAAUAAGGCGCAAAGCACCAUCCCAGUCUCUCUUGCCUUUGUCGGCAAUCGCCUCCGACUCACGUAUCCUCGACUUAAACGAACAGGGCCAUUCUUUUCCUGCAGUUUCCGAGAUCUCCGGCAACACUUGCCCAGCAAGUGUUCGCUUUUGCACUCAACAUCUUCUUCAAGUUUUUCUAGUUUGUCUUAACGGUGGUGGUACCGAUAAAGCCACCUGUUCUGAGACCUAAAGUUUUGGGCGAACUCCCUUUUGGAUUUUUGUAUAACUGAACUAUUCCAGACGGUAAAUCACCAUCAGUUAUUACCAAUAGGCGGAGUUGCGGCCCUGAUAGCGUCGGACCUUGAUGCCCUAUAGAAAAUUGUCAUGUGUCAGCGAAGUCGCCAAAUCAAGGGAUUUAUCAGCCAAUGCUGCACAGACGAGUGUAUUAUCGAACUCAGUCGUUGCCUAAGGAAGGAUACCCUUAUAGAUAAUCGAGGUAGACAGUUCCAGCUAUUUAGAGAUCAAGUUGCCAACCGUUAUAAGUGGUAGGAUGUUUUCGUUCAGAUGGACGCUGUCUAGUGGGUUUUAGCAAACUUUCAAAGAAAUCUAGCGAUCCGCCAGGAUAUCACAAUUGCACGAACAGUUUCACAUAGUAGACGACCAUCUGGCCAUUGCGACAUAUUUGUGAAAGCUAAGUUCUACGGGUAGGAUACCAUAAAUUUGGCAAUUCUCGACCACUGGCGUCCGUGAAAGAUUCAUUGUGUGAAGUGCACAGACUUUGUUCCCAGAGGAGACAGUCAGUAAUGUUCGUGCCGAAUUAAUAAUCAUAUUACAGACUCUAAGAUGCCUGGUGUGUUUGGAUAUGCUCUUCGACACUCGUCCAAUAAAUUGAAUGCUACUGUCCUAAAUGCGACGCUAUCGUCACACUGGAAGUGCUGAAGAGGAUGUCAGCUUAAAGUAUAUCUCAGCUCGUCGUGAAUACAUGGCAUUCGGUGCUCACUGGUAGAAAAGACUGUGGGCUGUGCUAAGUGGGCACUUAUUCAAUUGUCGGGCAACCAUUGAUGAACUGUUGAGUCGUACUCUAUCAGGGAUGCCCGCAAACAUGGCGAAUACAAGUGUAGUAGCCGAAAUUCUUUUAUUCCGGCGUGGCUUUUGCUUCUGGCUUAAUGUUUUUUUGUAGUUUCUGAGGCCAUGUGGAUUAUGGACUACGCAAACCGACCUUUAAUAUUUUGAGGUGCGUCAGACCACUGACGAUUAUGCAAAUUAGGAUAACAGAUGUUUAAAACCCUUCUCUCUUGCUUGUUUACUAGCACUGGGAGUUCGAUGACGGUUCACCUCCGCCGGAGUCGGUCUUGGAUCAGUGGUUUGAUCUUCUGCGGCUGCGAUUCUACAACGGUAGCACUAACAACCAUCACAGGGACCAUCCUGUGACCGACGGAGAUAAGCGUAGCGCUGUUCCUUGUCCUGUGGCCGUUCAUUGCCUCGCAGGUUAUGGCAGGUAAGACUAGAUAUUAGCCAGCGACCGACGCGACCUUUGUUGAAGUUAAUUAAACUUGGAGAGAAAAUGUUAAAGGGCAAAUCCAUCGGUGCAUUUUUUCUCAUCUUAACACUAGAUGAAGACCUCAGAUCCGACAAACUCAAAAGUUUUAUUUUGGUCUUUCGGAUCUAGUUCAUCAGCAUUUGUUCUUCUUCAGGGCGAAAUAGUUAGAGUUUCACGAAUAUUAGGCAACAACCUCGUCAUUAUCCCAGUGUUUGCUUUAUGCGGAAACGAGUCGAAGUGUCCUCCUGUGUUUAUUACGGAAGUUCAACAGAAUUGAAUCUUGCCUGAGUACGGUCAUUGGCUAUUUGGCACUUGCGGUUUUGCCUCUCUUCUAUUGGCAUGACUAGUCAUCUUAUGGUUGCAGUAGCUAAUCUGGUCUUCAAAGGCCGUCUAUUUGUGUUUAUCUAUUUAUCGUACACCUGUUUCAUCUAUAUCAUUUACAGAGCUCCCGUUCUCGUAACAGUCGCCUUACUCGAAUUGGGGAUGGCCAAUCAGGAUGCAAUCGAAUUAAUUCGGAGGUACGUACCAUAUUCUGGUAGUUAGUUGAUUGUACACUUAUUUGCGGUCGUAUGUUGAUUUUAAGAUAAGUAACUGUACAGUGUAGCUGGUAUAGCUCCAGAGAGCUCUAUAGAUGCCAGCCCUAUCCAAUCCUCCUGGUUGUGGCCAUUGACUUUGUUGAUGUUUCGGUCAAUUUGCAAGUGCAAGGAGUAAGACGCAAGAUCCUCGUGGACUUUUCAGUGACAUUAAUUAUUGGCACUACGACACUGAGUUGUGCUCUCAAGUCUAGAUAGAGUGACACAGCAGAUGGCACAUUGUACCCCUUUUAAUCACCCAAUGCAAAUUUCGACCGUCAGUUUGACCCUCUCUGCCACGAGCGCCUCAAGAUUUUUAAAUGUUACUUACUUCUUUAUCCUCCCUAGGCUGGUUUCUGCCCCUGGCGUUACAUGAUUAUAACGUCUGCCACCAACUGUUGUUCCAUCCCAGAUCUUUUCGGCCACUUUUAACCACGCAGCAUAAGCCCUGUCGGCGUAGAUCCUCUAUCUUGCCUACCGGCUGUUACACGCUAGGCACACAAUUGCGGUACAUGUUCCUGCUUUGCAUUGAUUGCUUUUAUCGGCUGCCUUUUCUGAAUUGCUUACCUCGAACAACAGACAGACUACUCUUCUGCAUACCCUCUCCUCUCUUUCUAUCCCUUUAUAUACCGUCUACUUCCCACUUCUCGCGUUCACUCAUGCCAUCUCUAGCACAACGGUCCCACAGAAGUACCUGUUUGUCGAGACCGCUUUGAGUUCUUAGGCCGAAGCCGCGCGUGUGUGCCAGUAGCAGACGUCACCAAGGCCUUGUGAGUAUUUUUGUGGUGCUGUUGUCGACAUCAAAAUUAUGGUGGUAUACGACCUCCAGAUUUUAAUGGUGCACACAGGGUUGCCUUCCAUCACUGACGUCGGACAGUAAUCAACCGUAUUCCAGUGUCAGGCUUGUUUGCUCCUUCAGGGGAUCGAGAUACGAGGUCAGAACGAUGCAAUACGUCUAUAAAGCAAUUCUGUGGACAUUGCUAAUUUCGCUGUAAAUCGGUGGAUCGCUGAAAAUUCCUGCUAUUGACUACCUAGAGCUCUCGUUACCUGGCCAGACUCAGGCCCAAACCACCACUUAGGAUGACUUUGCCAUGAUCUACACUGUGUCAUCAAAAUGGCACUACCAGGUAGGAAACAGCAUGUUGUCCACUUCAAGGAACCUAUGCCUCACGGUUUCCGUUCAUUUGUUGCCGGCCGCUUUAUCGCACUGGAACUAACAGCGGGUGUUUUGUCAGUUGAUAACCGCUGGUCCGACCUAAAACAGACUCCUCCAAGUACCUCUGAGGAGACAAUUAUCCUCCGCCAUUUUAAUUAAAGCGACCCGACUGACCGACCCAAACAUCGGGGUUGGCUUCAUAGGACGUCGCAUAUUUCACAACUCAACCUCGACGCAUUCUGGCCCUCGACUCGAAUGGCUUCCAGCUGACUGGAAACCAAGAGAUUGCCUCAUCUUGAAUUUUAGCCACCCCUUUACCCCAUCCGCCCAAUGAUUUUAGACUACCAACAUGCCGUGGUAGUGUCCGUGUCGGAGGCAAUAUCGGUAGGGAGUGCACAUCACCCCUCUAAAUCCCGCAGGUUCGACGUCGUCAGUGGGUAUUCAAUCUGAGGACUUUCUGGCACGCGAGUAUAACUGCGAAUACGACUCGGUUUCUAUGGCGGGAUUGUCGAUGCCAUAGUAACAUCAUCGGGCAGUAAAACACCUCUCGAGGGCUGCCUCUCAACAUAUAUCUGCCAUCUUUAUUCGGAGUACAAGCUGUUUGAUUGCAUAGUUCUUUGACGCGGAUUGGUGAACAAGAGAUCGCGCUCACUGCGCUUUUUGCACAGUCAUCUUGCUGGAAGACGGCAGCUCUAUCUUGGCGUUAACAUUGAUCUGCCCACCAAUCUUUAGGUAGUCCUCCUCAGCUGUUUCUGUUUUUGCUAGUAAAAACGAAACAAUGCGGUUUUCGACCGUGCCACUGACACUUCUUGAUUCGUCACACCCUCAACGAGCACGACCAGCCCCUAGCCCUCUGCAUAUGACUAGCAAGAUUCCCUGUGGCCUAUCAGCCUGCGGAAUCACACCAUCGUAGCUACCGCUGUUAUUUCACGCCUAAUAUCGCUGAACAAGAAGCAGAGUUCCUGUAGGUUGUUAGGAGACUGGUCAUUUAUGUCAUUACCAACGUCCAUCUGGGCUGUAUUCUUUCAUCAAAUCCUCUCUGGUACAAGAUAGAGUCCUUCGGAACGUGUCCCCAGACCGUCACAGUACAAGCGCACAGAAGUACAAGUGGUGCAGCUUUCUGUGAGGAUCUGCUUGGCGCGUCUUCGAUUGACAAGUAGACAAGGCCAUUUUGGUUGUCUUUGGCCUCAGCGCGUUGUGAACCGUCACUUUUAAAUUAUGCCGCCACUCGGAAUCAUACUUGGUUCUCACGGCAGGCCUGCACAUCCCGAUCGGUCAAGUUUGCUUUGUUUCUACGGUCGCCACCAGGACGCACUGCCGCGUCUGGCGCCUUGGAGUUCAUGUCAGUUGUCCGAAUACGAUGGCCUUGCUUUGGACGCGGACGAGGGUAGGACAAGCAUACCUUGUGCUUAGCCUUGGUUGCCACUUAUGGUUUGCUUACACUUAGCAUGUCUACUGUCAGGAGUGUAUUUUGUUUUGUAGUCAACUGCACAUUCAGUUGCGACUCUGCCUGCAGGCCGAAGGGGCCUGUGGUCUGUUAUGCGGGCAAAGAUACAACAUUCUGGUGACAGUUUCUUCUCGCAAGCACAAGAUUCACUGUUUUAACGCCCUUAGAAGCUCGGCUUUUAGGGAUUGAAAUUUACUUACUACAUUUUCAUUUUGCGUCCUCUGUUCACGCUUUCAGAUUUUCGUAUUACCCGAGGAACUAUACAGAGGCAAGCCUCAACUCUUGCUGCAUUAACUGACACUACAAAUUCACCAUUCAGUGAAUAGUUGAACUUUUUGGGGUCAUGUUCUUAAUCAUUGACAACACUUGGGUCGUUAGCCGAACCCAAAUAUGUGGUUACCUUGCCUAUCUCCUAUUCCCACUUUUUAAUGUGCUACGUCUCAGUGGGUUCAAAGACCAUCCUUUUCUUCAAUAGCAGUCUUAAACACGGUGUCUUCUCCCCAACCCCUUGGUUGAGCUUGAUGCUAGGCAGUCAUUACUUUCCACUCCUUUUGACAUUUUUAGGGCGGCAGCAGUUGUUGUACACUCUUAGGAAGCGGAAAAGAUAGGACGCGCGCGAGACCUGACGUAUAUGGGCCACGAUAAUUGCUUCAAUACUUUCUUGGCGCCAUAGGAGGAUUGUUUUUUGUCAUUGUCAAGGUUGGAAUGGCCGCAAAUGUAGGGCGAAAUAGUGAACCAAUCAUCUGGACAGUGUUCAUCCACUUACAACGCCCUAGAGUAGCCCCGCAGUUGAAGGCUCUUAGAAACAUCGCUAGGCGUUAACGACGGUCACCCACGUCACUACCGGCCGAAAUUGUCGCAAGUUUUAAUUGUCAAAAUAUUAGAAAAAACGUUUUUCUCGAUUUACAACCCUAAAAAACAGUACAGUGGAGGAAAGCUCUUGGUUGCGUCUCGAGCUGUCGAGGGCGUUAAAAGCAGUGCAUUUUUUUUGUUUACAAUACAAAGCUGCCAAAUAACUUAAAAUCAGCAAAACAUCACGAUUCCACUUCAAAAUGACGUUAUUUCUAACAGUUUACUAAGUUGAUUUUGCCGGUAGAUGAUCAUUGUGAUUUGAGGGUUAGGCGCAUAUAUGCUAGCAAGUGCUCUUUUCCUGACCGAGAUGCAUGGAAUAUGCAUAAUUGGGCAGAGUUAGCUAUUCUGAUGAAGGGGUUAUAAGUUCCUGCAUCUUUUGCUAGAACUAUCAGGGGUUUUCGUUCAUGUUAGUAUCAAUCCUGCAUUACCUGUCUUCGUGGAUUAUACUGAAGGCUUUUAUACCUGUGACUUCAUCCUCGAUCGUCAGUUGCGACUUGAGGUACCAUACCUGUCUAUCUGUCCCUCAGCUAUUGGCACCGUGAAGUAGCUGUUUUUUGAUGCCGUGCUACUCUCCCUCUUUUCCGUCAAAACAAUAGUAAGGCCUACAAGUUUUCACGUUUCCCCGGGAUCUGUGCCGAGUGCUUCCGUUUAAUUAUCCAGGGUAUGCAUAGUUUGCUGUUUGUGUGUGCGCUCUAGUUUUCACUGGCUGCCGCUCGCCCCCCGCCGCCACCCAACAGUGCCAUUACACUCGGGAAUGGUUGGACACACGCCUAGUGACGCCAUCUGUCGUCCUAAAUGCCAAGGUUCUGUGUCCUGCCUAAAUGUACUACCUUCCACUUUUUAGUUCCGAUUUUGCAGCAGUCCAGACCCAGAUCGCAGCUUUUUUUUAUCAUCGGGCCGACCUUUGAGAAGUUCACAUUAUCCAUGUGCACAAUACUUGUUAGACGCCUUUUGUAAUGGUAGACUUCCUCAGUAUAUACUCGUUAUCUGGGGCUUUUUGGGCUAUUCACUGGCCACCAAUACUAAACAACUACCUGCAAACCGCUUAAAGAGAGCGCGGUUUGUUUCCAUGAAGGAGUUCUGGUCCCUCGCAUUCCUGUACUUUUGUUUUUUUUCCUGUCAGUUCAUUUGUUCGGCCACUGCUAUGCCAAAUUUCAUUCAAAGUAGAUCUUAAAGGGAGUAACUGAGACUGCGCAAUUUUGUUGGGGACUUGUUAACUGCAGCUUUGCAUAAUUCUCUAAUAAAAUUAGGUGAGAAAGGUAUAGCUAGUCCAGUGGCUUUAUCUCAUUUUUCGAAAUCUGUGUUCUCUUUGGAAAAGAAUAGAUUGUUUUUUUGCCAAGAGCAUGCUUUGGAGGCAAAUUAAAGCUUGAAGUCUGUUUUCAUCCCGCCAAUAACAUAACGAAACAGCAAAAGAGAAUACCGCAAAAUUAUUGUCCUUGAUCUAAACCAGUCGUUACAAGUGUCGAUUGUGCUCCGUAGAGGUGAUGUUUUCACAGAGGUUCUCCGCUCGCUGGAACCUUCCUUCAAUUCCACUGCUGUCUAUUCCCACCGCACAGCUGGGCUUGUGGUGGCUUCGCUCUUCAUUGCUUGACGCCAAAAUGUUGUGUUUUCGACAGAAGGAGUUUUUCUGCCUUCUUCUGAAUUCGUCUCCGGAUUUGGUCGUCAGAUCCUGUAUUCAAGACCGGACCCGAGAGCAACUCGUCCAUUAGGAUCUGUGUUAGUGGACUUGGGAUGUAGUUUUCAGUUCUGGAUUCGAAGAGCAGGGAUAUAGUGUUAAAAAGACAAGACUUAGUGAUUAGCUAACUCCGUAGGGGGGGAGUAUGCAUGUCGAUCCCAUGUGUCCGCCGCUGUUGUGGGGGCUGAUGUGUGAAAUAGUAGUAAAGCAAGCAUUGUUGAGGUUUCUAGUGUCAUUGUCAAGCCAAACUGAUUACACUAUUAUUACUGAUGUGGCAACUCAACGACCGUUCGCUUGACGCAGCCUCUUUCAUCCAGAACAAACUAAUGGUCAGCAUCACAUUUAGGGCAAGAGCAUAGGGCGGCAACAGUUUAAGGUUGUGGUUCUGUCCACGACUAGGGCUUGGGUAGGAUUAGGGGUUUGGGCCGCUAUCACAAUUCUCGUCAUGGCAGUAGCGUUAGGGUUGCCGUGGGAAGUUUUAGUGUCGGAGUCGAAUUUAGGUGAGCAGUUUACAACUAAAUCUAACUCUACACUACUCACUCGGGCCUUACCAUAGACCUAUAAAUACCGUUAGGCCGUAACUCGAAGCCUGAAAUCGGAGGCUAUUCCUAACCCGAGCGGAAUUGUCAGAAUGCUUAAAAUACGUUCUCCGGGGUUCGUUAAAUGUGCAGAAUACCAAUUCUCUUGAGUCAACCAUAAAAAAUUGUCGCGUUUCACAGCGUUACACUAAUUGUCGUCCUUUUAACGUCAGGUGAUAUCGGACUGCUGUCAACAUGGCUAAUUUUUUUAUUUCUUUUGAUGCUAGCAAGCGCAAGGGGGCCUUCAACGAUCGUCAACUUGCUUACCUUGUCAACUACCAUGCUCGAGGCCGCCUUCGACGGGACGCGCGCCGUUGCCGAAUCCUUUAG